AUGGAUUUGGAUGUUGGCAAUGGUGAAGAACGUGCUCACGGCAUUCUCCAGGUGAAGACAAAGUGGGAUAACUAUGACGAGGACGAAGAGAAAAUGAUAAUGAUUCUUAGUAAAUUCUCCCACGUCCGUGGCAAGAAAUUGAUUAUCUUGCAGAUAAUCCAUUGUGUAAGCCAGAAAAUCAAAGUCAGCACCGGUUUCAUAAACGCGAAACGAAAAUACACAAAUCCUACCUCAAAUUCAGAGGCGGCAGGAAAGCAAGCCCAUACUCUGUAA